CUCUUUUCUAAGAAAAUCGAAUUUCAUCGUCUCCUCCAACGCUUCAGCCCACCAAAACCCCUCUUGCUCUCACGAAGACUUCACUCUCUCUCUCUCUCUCUCUCUCUCGCUGGCGACAUACUCCGAAGUUUUCUGAUAUUCCGGGUGUUUCGGAUGGAAAGCUAGCCAGUGGGUUUGUUCUUGCAGUUCUUGCUAACUGCCCAGAUGGAGAUAUUAAAAUCCCUUGUUCCCGACAGACUUAAGCAAAGAGUCACCAUAAGCACUUCCGGCGAUCUUCUCUCGUCGUCUUCUUCUCUCGUCGACUUCCUCCUUCCCUUGCAGGAGUUUCAGUUCGUCAUUGAGGACUUGGCGGAUCCCAGAAGGGCCCUGUGUGCUAAGAACAAGGAUGCUGCGGUGGAGUUGAAGCAGAAGGGCAACCGCUGCUAUUCUAGUGGAAGCUACUCUGUGGCCCUGAGUUACUACUCCAAGGCGCUACGGGUUGCUCCAUUGGAAGCGGAAGAUAAGGAAAAGGACUUGGUUUCUGUUUUAUACGUGAACAGGGCUGCUGUUCUGUACAAAUUAGAUCGUCCAGUGGAGUGUAAACGUGACUGUGAUCGAGCUCUUCGGAGUUCUCCGAGCUAUGCAAAGGCGUGGUAUUGGAGAGGAAAGGCAAAUGCUGCUUUGGAGGACUAUGGGAAUGCUGUUUCUGACUUGAAAAUCGCGAAUUUUAUGGAGACAUCAUCAGCUGGAAAGAAACAGAUUGAAAGUGAACUUUUGAUAGACUCCGAGAAGCUUACUGGGGGGCCUAGUUCACUCUGUUGUAAUAAUGAUGAUAUCUCGUUAAAUUUGGAUGAGAAGUGCGAAGUAGAACUCGAGUGUGUUGUCACACCAGAUAAAGGAAGGGGAAUGGUUUCAAAAGGAGAAGUACCUCCAUCCUCUCUGGUGCAUAUCGAGGAGCCUUAUGCAGCGGUCAUCUUGAAGCAAAGUCGGGAUUCCAAUUGUCACUAUUGCUUCGAUGAACUUCCAGCUGACCCCAUCCCAUGUACCUUGUGUUCAAUCCCGUUGUACUGCUCUGAGAAUUGUCAAGUAAAGGCUGGAGGAAGAAUAUUGAGAAAUCGCAAGGCAGCAAUUGGAAAUCAUGGGGACAUACCAAGGGACCUCAAAAUAUAUAUUGAAGAUGUUACCACAGAAAAGAUUAAUGAAAAAAAUCUCGGGCAGUUUCAAGAGCAUGAGCAUGAAUGUUCUGGGGCGAACUGGGCUGCAGUACUUCCACCCGAGUUAGUUUUGGCUGGUCGAAUCAUUGUAAAGGCCCUCCAAGAGAGAGGAGAUUUUCUAGACAAUCCAGAACCUAAACAGCCUUUGGAUGUUUGUUACAGUUACUCAGAAUUGCCUAUCGACACCAAAUUGGAAUCACAUAUAUACUCGAUCCUACUUUUGUGCUGUCUCCAGAGGUGCUGCAGCUUCGAGAUUCCAGUAAAUGCCGUCUCUGUCUCUCGGACCAUCAUCCUCUUUUCUCAAAUCAAGGUAAAUUCUAUGGCAGUUGUGCGAAUGAAGUCCUCUGAUUUCCAUUGCCUACAGGAUCCUUUUGGAAAAGAUUUAUCCUGCAUUGGUGUCAAUACCAGUUCGAUAGAACAGGUCAAGGUCGGUCAGGCUAUUUAUGCAAGGGGAAGUUUAUUCAAUCAUUCUUGCAAGCCGAACAUCCACAUUUACUUUCUCUCUCGCAAUCUCUACAUCCGAAGUACCGAGCAGGUCUCCAAAGGGCAUCCGCUGGAGCUCUCAUAUGGACCACAAACAGGGCAGCGGACAUGCCAAGACCGACUAAAGUUUCUCAAGGAGGAAUAUUCAUUCCAAUGUCGUUGCAGUGGUUGUUCGACUUUGAACUUAUCAGAUCUCGCUCUGAAUGCUUUCCACUGCACUGAUCCAGAUUGCAACGGGAUAGUGAUAGAAACCGAACAAGUUUACUCUGAAAGAAAUAAAAGUCAGCAUUCCGUUUACUCUGAAAGAAAUAAGAGUCAGCAUUCCGUGACUAUAAACCCAAAGAGCCUGGAGCCUUAUCUGGAGAUUGAAAACCUGAAUAAUCUCGACUUCGAGCCAAGAGGGGACGCACAACAGGAAAAUGUAGGAUACUGUCUGAAGUGCAGGUCCUACUGCGACUUACGUUCACCUCGUGCAGCAGCGGAUAAAGCUUGGGCCAAUAUCGGAAGGUUGCAAGACAAAGUAGCGGCAGGAGAAAUGUCUGGAAAUUUGCUUCACAGUGCGUCCGAGUCUCUCCAUCUACUAAGAUUGAGACUGCAUUCGUGCAACAAGCGAAUCGCAGAAGCCGAGGACAUCCUUGCGCAGGCAUUUUGUAUGAUUGGAGACUUUCAGUCUGCGUCGAACCAUUGCUGUGCUUCAAUCGAGAUUCUAGAGAAGCUCUAUGGUCCAGAUCAUAUCGCUAUUGGAUACGAACUGCUGAAGCUCCUGUCCAUAAAAAUGGGUUCAGGAUACCUCACUCAUCCAGAAAUCGCAGAUCGGCUCGGUAUGAUUUUCAACUCUUAUUACGGUCCUCAUGCGGAUAAACUGUUCCCUUAUUUACGAUCUCUGAGAAGAGAGAUUGGAAAAUCAGCAUCAUGAAUGAGAGAUUCCUAUCUGGAGCGGACGCAUCAAAAUAUUCUUAUACAUGAGGCCAAUCACAACAGUAUAUCCACAGUUCAAAGAGAAUCCUUCCAUGCCUAGUAUCACAAGAAUUUUCGAUGCCGAAGGGAGGGAAGACCUAUCAAUGGCAGACAUCCUACACAGCUGAUGAGGUGAGCUCGUGAGUUUCGGAUUCAAUCCUAUAUCGCUUUGUCUCCCAUAUUCCUAGAAGUAAUGCCCAUUUCUGCACUUUGUAAAUUUGGCAAGUUAGAUGAGCUUUGUGCUUGUCUUAGCUCCAUACGGCCUAAACUAGACCCUCGGAGGGCUAACAGCGAUAGCGAAGGUCCAUUCGGGAUGUCAAGGACUUGAUAGAACUGAUGGAACUGAUAGAACUUCCGGCAUUCCAUUGUAUGAUCCUUCCGAAAACAUGCCUUGAAGUGCUCUUUGCAUCUGCAGUGGCAUCCGAUGUAAUUUUAUCAGAAUUGAAGGAUGUUUUGUUACGAGAGA